AUGCCACCCCGCGAUGCUUGGUCGGACUCGCAUGAUGAAAUCCUCCUCCGCGCCGUGAUCUCUCUCAUCCUCGCGAACCGGCGCAAUCUCUACGCCACACCCGGACUCGAAGGCGUCGGGGACCACGGUGGCGAGCGCAUCAACAAGAAGAUCCAGGGGUUUGCGCGGCGCAUGGCGGGCGAGAAGGCCGGCAUGGUGGGCGAAGAGCUGGGCAAGAUGGUGAGGAAGCGCAAGGAGGACGUCAAGGAAGAGACGGGUGAGGUAGAGGGCGGCACCGCCAAAGUGAAGCAGGAGCGCAAUAAGAAGCGUAAGCUGUAG